AUGCUGGUGUUAAAGACACCGCCUCGCUUUAAAUCACUGAAGUUAAAGAAUCCUAGGGAUAUUGAUGUAUUCAGUAUUUUUGUUCGAUAUUACUGUGCAGGUACGCUCAGCGUUCAAACUUUGAAAAAGCAUUUAGAUAGGGAGGGGUGUAUUCGCCUGGGUUUUUGCAACAAAAUGUCAAAUGUACCACUGGACAUGGCAAAACUUGUAGCCCAAUGGUCAACGACUGGAUUUGUGGAGAUUGUGUACUUCUGUGGUUGUGAAGAUGAGCGGAAACAGAAAAGCGGAGUGCUGAGCUAUUUCCGUAGCUUAUUUGGACAGAAAGAGUUGAGAAUUUUGAUAUUGGGUCUAGAUGGCGCGGGAAAAACAACUAUUUUAUACAGACUUCAGGUAGGCGAAGUUGUGACGACGAUCCCAACUAUAGGUUUCAAUGUGGAGCAAGUUGUUUAUAAGAAUCUCAAAUUUCAGGUAUGGGAUCUUGGUGGUCAGACAUCAAUUCGUCCAUACUGGAGGUGUUAUUACUCGAAUACCGAUGCCAUAAUAUAUGUUGUCGAUUCGGCAGAUAAAGAUAGAAUCGGUAUUUCGAAGCAAGAACUGGUGUCAAUGUUAGAGGAAGAAGAAUUGAAGAGUGCUGUUUUAAUGGUUCUAGCAAAUAAACAGGAUAUUCCAAGUUGCCUUUCUUUGGCUGACGUGCAUCGUAGUUUAGGAUUGGAUGCUCUUCGAACAAGAACGUUUCAAAUUUUUAAAACGUCUGCGACAAAAGGUGAAGGAUUGGAUGAGGCAAUGGAAUGGUUAUCGAACAAUUUGCAGCAGAGGAAAUAG